GUGCCGGGGCGGGACGUCCGGGGCGGGCUCUGGGUGCCCGGUGCUGAAGGGUCCGGCCCGGCCCAGGUCGGAACAAAGCAGCGGCGGCUCGGCAGGCUCGGCAUGGCGGCGCGGCCGGCCCCGCUCCGUCUCUGGCUGUUCCUGUAUCUGCUGCCGCAGGUGUACUGUGAGUAUGGGAUGGUACAUGUCCUUUCAGAGAAGGGGAGCAGCAAAGGAAAAGACUACUGUAUUCUCUUCAACUCUCAGUGGGCCCAUUUGCCACAUGAUCUGGGUAAAGCUUCACUCCUGCAACUGCAGGAUCAGACAGCAUCUGUUUUGUGUUCUCCUUCUGAUGUACCUCAUGGGGGGUUUAAUAAUCAAAUCCCCAUGGUGAUGCGAGGAAAUUGCACCUUCUAUGAGAAAGUGAGGCUUGCUCAGAUAAAUGGGGCCCGUGGGCUGCUGAUUGUUAGUAGAGAGAGACUGGUUCCUCCUGGCGGUAAUAGGAGCCAGUAUGAAGAGAUUGAUAUUCCUGUGGCUCUGCUUAGCUAUACUGAUAUGUUAGAUAUUGGCAAGAGUUUUGGCAGCUCAGUGAAAGGAGCAAUGUAUGCACCAAAUGAACCUGUGCUGGACUACAACAUGGUGAUUAUCUUUGUCAUGGCCGUGGGGACUGUUGCAAUUGGAGGCUACUGGGCAGGAAGCAGAGAUGUGAAAAAGAGAUACAUGAAGCACAAGCGAGAUGAUGGGGCAGAGAAGCAUGAUGAUGAAACAGUGGAUGUGACUCCCAUAAUGAUCUGUGUGUUUGUAGUGAUGUGCUGCUCAAUGCUUGUCCUCCUUUAUUUCUUCUAUGACCACUUAGUCUAUGUUAUAAUAGGAAUAUUCUGCCUGGCUGCCUCGAUUGGUCUUUACAGCUGUCUGUCUCCCUUUGUAAGAAGAUUCCCCUUGGGAAAGUGUAGAAUCCCAGACAACAACUUGCCAUAUUUUCACAAGCGUCCCCAGGUCCGGAUGUUGCUCUUGGCAGUAUUUUGUAUCUCUGUCAGCGUAGUCUGGGGAAUCUUCAGAAAUGAAGAUCAGUGGGCCUGGGUUCUGCAAGAUGCUUUAGGAAUUGCUUUCUGUCUUUACAUGUUGAAAACAAUUCGCCUGCCUACAUUUAAGGGUUGUACCUUACUCCUCCUGGUUCUUUUUGUGUAUGAUGUAUUCUUUGUAUUUAUCACACCUUUUCUAACAAAGACUGGGGAGAGCAUAAUGGUGGAGGUGGCUGCAGGCCCUUCUGAUUCUGCCACUCAUGAAAAGCUCCCAAUGGUCCUGAAGGUUCCCCGACUGAAUUCCUCACCAUUGGCUCUAUGUGACAGGCCUUUUUCUCUCCUAGGAUUUGGAGACAUUUUAGUUCCAGGCUUACUGGUAGCAUAUUGCCAUAGGUUUGAUAUUCAGGUGCAGUCAUCCAGAGUCUAUUUUGUAGCCUGCACAAUAGACAUUGACAGACAAUGGAGACUGUCAGGAUGGAUGAAGACUGGAGCACAAGGUUGUAAAAAGAAGAGAAGGCAAAGAGGAGAUUCUGUUGCUUCCCACAGCUGCCUAAUGGGAGACUGCAGAGAGGACAGAGAGGCUCUUCCUACAGCAUAUGGCAUAGGCCUUCUUGUGACCUUUGUUGCCUUGGCACUGAUGCAGAUGGGCCAACCUGCUCUUCUCUACCUGGUGCCCUGUACUCUCCUCACCAGCUUGGUGGUGGCCCUUUGGAGAAGGGAGCUUGCCAUGUUCUGGACGGGCAGCGGCUUUGCGAAAGACCUACCUCAGCCUCCUGUGGUGAUAGCUCCUGUCAACUGCCCUCAGCUUCCCAAAGAUAGCAGUGUGCCAGCCUCUCAACAAGACACAGAGCAAAUGACCAACCCCACCCUCCACGUGAAGGAGCUGCAUGGCUCCGCCUCAGCUGAAGAGGAGCUGGCUGAUACCAGCACAAAAACAGACCAGUCAGAAAUCUCUGUGGCCCACAGUGAGGAACCAACUGCUCAGAAUAAGGAUGACCUUGAAAGCAAAUGCCUAAAUGCAGAACAAAACAAGUUGGAAUAAGUAAUGUGAUAAGAACUCCUUACUUUCCCUCACAAACAUACAUAAAACCAGUAUGUAUUUAGGACUGGUUUAAUAGGGUUUGCUUUCAUUGAGGAACCUCACUAGGAGUCUGAUCAUCAAAUCCAACAAGGAAUGUUCUGUCUCCAGCUUUGGUACAGCUAUAUACUUAAAACACCUUUCUGAAAUAUGGUGCUCUCCAGGAGUUCUGAUGUGUGGGUUUCAAUGAUUGCUGUUAGUGAAUGCCUUUGACCAUUUGUUCCCUUUGCAUUAGGGCAGGGUGGCAUCAAGAGUCUUUAUUUACUCAGUACUCUGUGCUUGUAUGGCUGUUUCACUGCUUCACCAUGAUGUAGGUUAACAUGGAAGAAAAGCAUUGAACAAGUCUGCUACAAUGCUCACAAUGCUUACUUGAGAGAAAUACGGUUUUUGUGGGUUUUUUUUUUGGUUUUUUGGGUUUUUUUUUGUUUUGUUUUGGUUUGGUUUUGGUUUUGGUUUUUUUUUUGGGGCACUUUCCCUAUUGUCACCAUAUACGUUACUUCUCCUGACUUGUCAAAGCCAGUGAUAUAAGGGAAUGCAUUAUUAUCAACUGACAUUCAGGAAAUGCAGAGAAUGGUUAAAUUACCAUUACUCCUAAAGGCUUUAUGCUACCAUGAUGCAUUUAAUGCAUCUCUUAAAUUUUUGUCUCUGUUUUUACUUCUAGGAACCUGAGCUACUAGUCUAGUUUAAAAGGCAGGGUGAGUAGAGCUCCGGGAAGCUUUCUAGGCAUUCAUGUGAACUCCAAGGGCUCUGAUAAUAAACAGGGUUGGUCACAGAAUAAUGCCUGGAAGCAAAUGCAUAUUAGGAAUGUUUAGAAAUAAAAUAUAAGCCAAAUAGGUGAAAAAAAAGUAGGUAGUAGCACUGUACUAAGCUUAACAGGCAGUAUUUUCUUUGGGAAAAUAUUAAAGCGCAAAUGUUCUUACGUUUGGGGCUUUGAGCUUCUAUUUCUUCUUCAUUCAAGGAAUAUAAUUGCGAUUUCUGAUUCUGAAGAAAAUAGUCUGAUAUUUCAUUCCCAGUGGAGCACAUAUAGUGCUAGAGACAGUUGUGAUUUAAAAGCUACUUGCUGCUCAGUAACUUACCAACUGCCUAAGUCAUGUUUUGUCUUUGUCCCAAGAAUAGCCAAAGCAUAGUCUGUCAGGUUCUGGAAUGAACCUGGGAGCUCGCUUUUUAUUUUGUCUUUCUUGCUACAUUGUGAAGGAAUUUGUGAAUUUAAAAAUUUUGGAGUGCAGCUGGUCUUACUUCAUAUUCCUGAAAUUGUUUGUUUUCCUCUCUAACAUGAUUUAGUCUUUUAUGCUUCAGCUUUUGUACAUAGAAAGAUGAUGGGAUUUGUGUAUUACUUGUUCCAUCUAAGUACAUUUGGCUUCAUCAGAGGAGUCUGUUCUGCACUUGUGUUGCAAUUCCAGAAAGCCUCAAGCACUUCACACAAAAACUGAAAUAGAAAAUUGAAGUAUUAUAGGAUCCUUGGAUAUGAUUCCAGAUUGCAUGGAAGAAAUACUCUGGAGUAUUUGGGAGCCCAAAAUAUAAUUUACAAAAGUAUUGUUGCAGUGAUGCAGUCAGAGGCAUUGCUGUUAAAUUGAGAGUCUCUACUUGGCAUGUUGAAUUAGAGAUGAAGGGCUCUCUUUUCAAGAAUGUCAGUUAAAUAUCAGCCAUUGUCUUUUUGGCUAGAUCUUCCAAAAUUUUGCCUUGUGCUUUUUGGAUGAAAGCUUUUGUGGGCAGUGGUAACAUUCUUUCUCUAGAAUGUGAGCAGCUUUCUCUAAAACCAUUCUCAAGGCUUUAAGCAGAAGUUUUACCAGCUUCUGCUUAAAGCCUUGAGCCUUGUCUGAUAGGAUGAUUUAUGAAGUUUUUUGGAAGGCUUCCUGGGUUCAAUGGUCAACACAAUGUUUAAUUUUCAAAUUGCCCUAAUGGAAGAUAGUACUAAAGCAAUCUGCUUUUCAGUCUUCUCUUUAAUGGACCCUUACUUAGGCCAGCAGUAACCUGAACCAGUUAUUACUAAUAAAAAGCAACAGAAACAUUUUACUGAAAACUUCAAUUAGCUGGAUUAUGCCUUAAGUCUUUGUGUAAGUAUUGUUAUUAAAUUAAGAAAGCAAUCUUGUGUUUAAAUAACGAACUUGACAAAUAGCAAGGUAAGUUGGAGACUGACUCAAAGUUCUAUUGGUUUUUGCCUUGAUCAUCUGUUAGUCAGAAUGUUGUUUGGAGUAGCUUUCUGAUGAUGAAGCAUUAGGUAUUAUCAUUUACUUGCAAGUGUACUUUCACAUUUGUUCUCCUGUGUGGCUAGGAAACAGUUUAUUUCAGAUUGUUCAUAGCUCAGUUAAAACAGAACUGGUCACACUGAACUAGGCAUUUCACAGUUCUGGACAUUCUGCUUCACCUCAGGUUUUGGGGAAUUUCCAUCUAUUUUUAAGUGCAAUUUUUUUCUCCCCCAAAUAACAAAGAAUUCAGGGAAAAAAACCCAAUUGCUUCUUAGUGCAUUACCUCCAGUUAAAGCAUGUGAAGUGGUAACAAUUUACAGACUUUGACUAUCUCAGUACUUUACAAAUCAGGUGACCCUGGUGCUCCAGUUUGGCUGUGACUGUUCGGACCUUGAUCCUGGGCAGAUCAAUCCCUUCCAUCAAACAACAAGGCUGUAUUUUUUUAUCUUUAAAAAACUUCCCCUGAUCAGCUUAAUUUAAGACUUAAUGUUGUAUACGAAGAUAUGCCUAUCAGUUCAAUGUGACUGACUCUGAUUUUUUUGAUGCUUUCCAAUACACAUUCCAUACCAAACUUGAGUUUAAAUAUUUAAAGUAAUUAAAGUUAUAUUAAUGUUUAAAAUGAUGUUGAUAGGCUUCUUGUUUAUGUCUUUCACAUACUAAGCCUUAUCUGUCCAGAAAUUCAGUGAGAGUUCAGUUCCUGAGAACUUGUAUGUGUUCAGGGGAAGCACUUCUUUUAGUCAAAAAAAAACAAAAAAACCAAACUAACACAAAAACCCCAAUAACAAUCCACACCACUAAAACAAAAACCCAUUUGAGAAAAUCUGACUCUUUAGAUCACAAUAAUGAGGGUCAGAUCCCUUCCUCAGGUGUUUGUUUUGGUCUGUUCCCUGCUGAAAGAUUGCCGAAAUGCAGCUGAAGGUAGAAUGGAAUAUGAAAGACUUUACUGAGGAUGAUAAGAGAAAAGUAUCCCAAACCCUCUUUGAAUUUUGCGGAUUUUAUUUUUCUUGUCAGAAAUGAAGAGCAUUUUAAAUGAAAUAUAUAAAAAAGAAACACAAAAGAAUAGAUUUGAAAAUAUAUUCUGUGUUUACCAGUGUCACUAAAAUAAAAGUGCAUCCACAUGUGUAAGAAUUACACUUGCGAAAAUAUUAAAUUUUUUCUCUAAACUUGGACAGAUGGCAGACAACAGAAAAUCUGCACAGCUUAUUUUCCAAAAGAUUUAUUAGCAUGCUUCAUAGAAAACUUCAUUUAGAAAACUGUUUGUUUCCAUAUUUCUUGAACAUUUUCCAUGGUCUUGGAUAAUUGGUCAAGCUUUUCCUUCAGAGGAUGAUGCUCCUUCCUUACAGUACCCCUCAAUAUGGCUGUUGUUAAGAAUGUCUUGACACUAUUUUUCAGCCAUGCACAUCUCGGUGUUUCAGCUUUGAUUUUUGCCUUCCCGCUGCAUUGUUCCAGCUGGGAACAGAUCAUGGCUACCAUGAUCCAGGUAGUGCCUGUUGACUUCUGAGUGUGCUGGAAACUGGUGCUGACAUUAAUGAAUGCUGCAGUCAUUAAUAAAUUUAGCUGCCUCGGGGAGAUGCUGUGAAUUUACUUGCAGCUUUUUAAAAAAGCCAGUAUUGGAUGUUGGAGAACAGUGUUGCCUUGAAGUCAAAGCUCACGUGUGCUGUUUUAGUGCAAGAUCCAGUGCUUUUGUUCUUGUCUUUAGCCCCAUGGCUGUGUGUGUUUCUGGUUUGUUGCACUACACAGGCUGUAUAGGAUGUAAAGCCCAUGAUACUUCUUUUUAACAGCAGCUUCGUUGACUGUCCAUGAACAAACCAGAGUACGCUGGUACAUGCUUUCAUCAUUUGGUGUGUUAUUUGUAGUGUAAAUGGAGGCUGAGUAUGCUGGACAAGCAGCUGUGUAUACAACUAAUGAUUAUCAACACUUGACACAAAUGUGAAAUACAGACAUAGCAGUAGAUACAAAUACACAUCCAAAGCCUGCAGAGAUGGUGCUUUUUCCAUGACAAGUAUAAUCUAUGAUAUUUUAAAAAGAAUGUAGGGCUGUGUUUUCAGGCAAAUGAGGACACGAACUACUUUCAGCAGUUCAGAAAAUAUCAUCAACAAGGAACAAUUAAUCUUUAGGUAUUUUAAUCUUGCAUGUGGUUUCCUAGCUAGGGCAAGACAUGAAGAACAGAGCUGCACUAACAGCUGUUCAGUUUAGGUUUUUGCCAGUGGUGCUGGGUAGGGUGGAGAAAGGGAAGAUAAGAAAAAACUGAAGGUGACUCAGAAAGCAUGAGGAGACACUGAGCAAGAAAGGCAGUGGAAGAGUUUUCUCCAAAGAGAAGAUCUAAGGGCAUGGUAAAUAUCCAAAAAUCUGAAAAGGCUGCUGCAAACUGGGAAAACAGUUUGUCAAGUAGGGAUGAUAUUAGAAUUAAUAGACUUAAUAAGGAAAUUUUGGUGCUGGCUGACAGGUGAAGGGCUCAGCAGGACAGGGCAGUGCCCAGUGCAUGAGCUCCUUUGGUUCUGCCAGGAGAGAACUGAACCACACCAAGCAGAGUAAUUUCAUGCCACUGGCAGUUGGGGCCAGCCAGCAAGCCCUGUCCUCCCUACUCAGAUAUAGUCUGAGGGUCAGGAUUCCUGGUUUUAAUGAAGUUAUAGCAUAAACUUCAUCCCAGAGUACUCAGUUUACAUUCAUGAAUGCUGUCAGGGUGUUCUGUACCAACUGUGAUGGACAGUUCAGCUCUUGUGAGACAAAGACUGCGUUUUCUGCUACUUAAAAGUGAUAAAUCUUCUGAAAAGAAACCACAUCAAUUUUAGUCUUUUUUGUCUAUGUUUAAUUUGUUGAAUUGCUUCUGGCAGCCUGGAACAAGACAGCUUUGUGUGCUACCAGAAGCUUCCUUUGGCCAGUGGCAUAAAAAACUUUCUUUUCACUGAUCCUCUCUAUCAUCUCUAUUUAUCAAUUAUAUGCUCUUCUGUGAGGGUUCCACCUUUUCCAGUUUUGCAGUUAAAUACUCAGAUUAUGUGGAGUAAAGAUGGCAUUUUGCCAUCUGUAGAUUAGUGAUAGGUGAUGAAUAGUGUGUUUAAGUUGGAUUUUCUUGAAUUGGGAACUGUGUACUGUACACAAUAAUCUAUAAUUUCAGGAACUAGCCGAGGACUUAACUUCAUGUGAUGCAGGGGCUCAGGCUUGGUUCUGUUUGCCAGACGCUGUUGGUGAGUCCAGCAGCCAGGGGUUACAGGUGCACAGGCUGCUACAAUUAUUUGGAGCUACCUUCCUUAGGUGAAGGUGGCGUUACAGUUUUAUCCAGUUUUCUCAUGAUAUUUUUCUGCAUGUCAGCAUGCAAGUUCAGCUCCAGAUGGCGAACUUCAUCCAGGUGUUUGUCUCUUAAAAAUUCUGAGAUGAUCUGCUAGCUAGAUUUUUUUUGUUUAAGAACUGCUUCCUGCUGACAUACAUGCAUUGUAUGUUAUGAACUGACUUAGAGUGUUUCACGUAAAUAUUGGUCAGCUGAAAAUAUGGUUUCAAAGUAAACCAGCUCAUCACCAGUUUAUGCCCCAUCUCUGGAAGUUCAAAGCUUAGUUGGAUGUAACCCUGCGCAACCUGAAUCUAGUGGAUGGCAUCCCUACCCAUGGCAGGGGCUGGAAUGAGAUGAUCUCAAAGGUCCCUUCCAACCCAAACCAUUUUGUAUUCUAAGAUUCUAUCAUAACUCCUAAAAAAGUGGUGGCUUGGGCUGGUAGGAGCCCUGGAGUAGCAGACAGCCAACACCUCAUAGUCAAGUGCUGCUGAAAGAUCUCCAGCCCUGAGAAUGUGACACUUGCUGCGAGCAGCAACACCCUGUUGUGCUCUGAGGCCAGCGAGGGUUCCCAGAGCCUGAUCCUGGGGUGGGGCUGCACACAAGAGUCCUAUCUGAUGUUUGCAAUACACUAACUUCUUUCUUGAGCCAGAGGUUUGGAAUGGAUAGAAAUAGCUCUUUGCUUCUGAAACAUAUGUCUGUAGUCAAAAAAUUGCCAUAAACCUGCCAUAUCUCCACUGUGGAUCCAAGCCUUGAGCACUGGGAUGGUGGGGAGCUGGUGCUGUUUGAGGAGGAGCACAGUCCUUCACAUGCAUUCCCCAGCAAGGAACCAGAAGAGAAUUUUGUUGUUCUGCUCUGACUGAAGUUGUUCUGAUUUAUAUUAAACAAAAACUUCAAAAUAGUGGUUCAGGUUUAGUUUGACAAAGUAAAAAACAACCCAUAGUGGCACAGUUUAAUUUAGUUUGGCUCAUAAUCUGCUUUUUUCAUAAUCAGUAGUGGAGACUACAGAGAAUGUUUAGCAGAGAUGUUACAGGAGACCCUAAGCUGGCAGCAAGCCUGUGUGGGAAACAGGCUGAAUGCUCUGAUGGCCAAUUAGUGCUGUGCUCUGCCUGUGCUGGGGUGAGCGUGUCACCAAUUUGUGUUCAGCUCAUACUUUGCCACUUGUCUCCUCCAGCAACCUUUUGACUGUCAAACUCUCACAGAGAGUCCCAUAGCCAGCACUGGUUGUGGGAGAGCAACAAGGAAUCUCUGUGUCACAGAUCACUCCUGUAAUGCCUCAUGUAGGAAAGGCAUGAAAUGGAAUUAAACACUCUUCUCAGCCUGGGGCCUGGGCCACAUGCUGCGUUCCUCACGGGGCUGAACACGCAAAACCUCGAUCCUGAAGCCGCUGAUAGGAACUGUGAGCUCUGCUACUUUCAGCCUAGCAAUGCGGGAAAGCAAAACCUAAGAAAAAUCUGAAUUUAGAGCCCUGCCCAUAGAUGCUGUGUUCAUUGCUGACCAUGUUCCUUCAAGGCUGGAGGAACUGGGGUCUGAGAGACUUCCAGCAAGCCACGAGCCCCCUGUGACCCCUGGUAGUGUUAUUUUACUGAAACUGAAUCAGAAAUACUUUAGGUGUAGAUUGGUGGGAGGCUGGAAGCAAAAAUUUCAAGCAGUAUUAAGAUGAUUUAGAUGCUAAGACCCAUUUGGAUGCUUGACAGUAGCUGCUUCUAGAGAGGAAGUUGAUUCUUGGAGAUAAUGUUAUCAGUCUUAAAUGUCUGGUGUCUUUGUGGAAGGACUUUGUAAUGGUGUUCAAACAGUAGUAUGUAGGAUAGUAUAUGAAGAGUGCAACCUAAAAGAUUGUUAAUUUUAGCACUUGCAAAUGCAUCUGUUUACAUAUGCACGCAUGAAGAAUAAACUUUAAGCUCAUUCAGGUACUGAAGGAAAGAUUUUCUCUUGAUCCAAUGUGUUACGUGUUUUUGCUGUUUUUAUGUUUUUGCUGUUAUAAGACCUUCUAUGCAGCUUGGCCCCUUAAUAAAAAAAAAAAAAAUUAGAGAAAACCCCAUAUUAAAAAACACCCCCUCCCUCCAUAAAAAGAACGGCUGAGGAAGUUGGCCAGUGUGGGAAACUGGUAUGAAAACUUACUCUGAGUAUUUUUCCUGCAAAAAAAAUUUCAAACCAACAAACUAUGGAAAUGAAGUGCAGAUGGGACAUAAAGAAUGAGGACUUUAGUUCUCUGUAAGGAUGUAGUCAAUGAUGCUGAUACAAUGAAUGUCAUUCCCUGAGUCCCUGGUUCCUCUCAUGUAUCUCCUGUACCUCGUCAGUCAGUCUGUCAAUGGCAUACACCACAUGGAUCAGUCCCACAGCUGUAGCUGAUUGUGGGGUUGUUGAUUCCCCAUGGGAAGACUGUCCCUCUCCCCUCAUUCAGGCUACUACUUGAUGACUUGCAAAAUGGUGCAUAUUGCAUGAUAUCUGCAGGGAUAGAUAAAUCAAUAAUUCUGUGACUUUUGUCUAUGAUACAAGUAUCUUCUAUCUAUGGUACCAAGAUAUUUUUUCUGCUGUUAUUGUUUGCAAGUAGUACGAAGUACAGACUGUGUCACCUCAUGGAUCCCUUCCCU